AUGGAUUUCCAGAAGCUUGCCGACAGGGAGAAGACCGUCCUAUGCAAAAAAUAUUUCUUCAUCGGCCUCGCUUGCCUGCCACUUGUAUGGUUGAUCAACUUCAUCUGUUUUUUCAAAGACGCUUUCCUCAAGCCACGGACACCGGAAGUACUGCAGAUUCGCACCUACGUCAUCAUGUCAUUUAUUGGCUGUGCUAUUUGGCUGGUGAUCCUCUCUGCAUGGGAAACCGUCUUCCAGAUCUUCCGUGUGAGAGGGCUACCCUGGACAGACGCGCUGACCUUCACAUUCCCGCUCGGACGUGUC